CCUAAAAAAAACAGUUCAGUUCAACACAGCACUGCCUCUCCGCUCUGCCUCCUCCAAGUCCAAUCCAUGGCUGCUCCGCCGCGGCGAAACCCCAACCACGGCGGCAAGAGGAAGGACGAGGAGCCGUGGCUCGCGGCGGGCAUCCGCCCGGCCAACUUCCUCCCGGGCCUGGCCAUCGGGUUCCUCCUCGGCCUCCUCCUCGACCUCUCCUCCUCCUGGAGGCCUAGGUUCAGCCUCCCGUCUGCCCCGGCGCCACGGGGCUCCAAGCGGGCGGCCGCCGGUUCGUCCACCGCCCCAGCACCAGGCGAAGAGCUCAAGAUGGUUUUAGUUGUGCGUCAGGAUCUUAAGAUGGGGGCUGGUAAAAUAGCGUCUCAAUGUGCCCAUGCGGCAACUGGCUUGUAUGCGGAUCUGUUGGCAAGCAACCGGAUUCUUUUGAGACAAUGGGAGCAGUUCGGACAAGCUAAGAUUGUUCUGACAUGCAAGAAUCAACAGGAAAUGAACAGGAUAAAGGAAACUGCAGAACAUCGAGGUAUCCCAACUUUUAUUGUUGCAGAUGCAGGCCGCACACAGGUACUGGCUGGGUCUAAGACAGUUCUUGCAGUAGGGCCAGGGAGGAAAGCAGACAUAGAUUCAGUUACUGGGAAAUUGCGCUUACUAUUCUCGCUUAGAGAUACCAACCUCGUUCUCCGAGAGUUCGAGAAAUGUGGUGUUAUAUUGAGACAUCACUCUGGCCCAAGAGAGGGUAAUUGGAUCCACAUAUUAUACCAGCACUCUUACGAUGCAAGGAAAGCCCUUCAAAAGAAUGGUAUCCAGCUAUGCAGUGGCGUCAUAAUUGGAGUAAAGCAUAUUGAUCCAAUGCAUCGGCAGCAGCUGGAUGAUAGGCUCGCUGGAAUCAAGCAAGGAGGCUUCAUGGUCUCCCUGCCUUCGAAAUCACUUGUCCUGAAGAGCAGCACAGGUGCAUCAAACCAGUUGGGAGCCUUGCCGCGCCCAUAUGACCCAAAGUCCUCCACAAACGUUAUCAGAGACGCAGGGCGUCGUACAACAGGCAGCGUUGCUGCUCCAGCGAAAUCUAUUGUAACGAAUGUGAUGGACUUGAUAUUCGGCAUCUAGUUCGCCAGCCUGUGGACCAAUGAUAUACCUUCAACCUACCAUGUCAAAUCUGUUAUGUGAUGAGUGUUCGCACGGUGGUGGAUGUGGUUGUGAGCGAGUUUGUUUGUGUGCCAAAGGUUCGGCAGCGAAACUCGAGAGAAUUCGGAGAAGUGGAUUUUUCUUUUCUUUUCUUUUCUUUGGUGAUGUAACAGUUACGAAUGUGCAAUUUUUCACGUUCAUGUUAUGAUCUGCUAAGAUGUGGGCAGCCGUUGUAACUUUGUGUUCUGGUGGGUGCUGUCAUGAGCAAUGGCUCUAGAUGAAGGACGAAACUGAGAUCUCAAUAUGUAUUUAUUUUGUCUGUUGCAAUCUACAUGAGCUCUUAUAUAUUUGACAAUA